AACAAACUAACUCCAAGUUUACCAAGAAACAUGUACUCCAAAUUUUCAAAUCGAAACGAUGCCGGGUCGAAUUCUUGUCCUGAUGAGCUCCGGUGAGCUUCUAGAGAGCUUCAUUCCCAAUUAACCUUCACGUGGAUCCCCGCAAAACAGCUUUACGCGAAAACGCGAACGCGUCUCCGCAACAUUUUCAAAUCGUUUUGAAAUCAUGUUCAAAUCAAAUCACAAUCCACAACCCCGAAAUCAUUCACCUCAAUAACAAAUCAAUUCAAAAUGGCUCUUAUAGUAGAUAAACAUCGUCCUCGGUCUCUUGAUCAACUUACCUAUCAUGAUGAUUUAUCCGAUCGUCUGAGAUCUCUCGUAUGUUUUCCUAUUUCUUCAAAUAUGAAUAACUCUCUCAUACACAAAUUCAACGUACUCCCCUACAUAACUCACACUCACAAUAAUCCUAACAUCUAGGCACAAUCAGGCGAUUUUCCACAUCUGCUUCUCUACGGACCUUCUGGCGCCGGCAAAAAAACUCGCAUCGUAUGCACUCUGAAAGAACUCUACGGCCCCUCAGUCGAAAAAAUCAAAAUCGAUUCCCGCGUCUUCCAACUCUCUUCUUCGUCUCGAAAACUCGAAUUCAAUAUCGUUUCCUCUUUGUAUCAUUUAGAAAUCACUCCUUCGGAUGUAGGAAACUAUGAUCGCGUGGUGAUUUCGGAGUUGUUGAAGGAAGUGGCGCAGACGCAGCAGGUGGAUCAGAGUGCCAAACAGAGGUUUAAGGUAGUGGUUAUUAAUGAGGCGGAUGGGUUGAGUCGGGAUGCUCAGGCCGCGUUGAGGAGGACCAUGGAGAAGUAUAGUGGGAAUGUUAGGUUGAUUCUAGUGGCUAAUAGUACGUCGGGGAUUAUUGGGCCGAUUAGGAGUAGGACGUUGUUGGUUAGGGUGGGGGCGCCGACUGAGGGGGAUAUUGUAAAGGUGCUUGAGAAGAGUGGGAAGAGGGAGGGGUGGGGAGUUAGUAGGGGGUUCUUGGAGAGAGUCGCGAAGGAGAGUGGUAGGAAUUUAAGGAGGGCGCUUUUGAUGUAUGAGGCAGCGCAUGCGCAGAAGUAAGUUUUGUUCCUUUUUUUCCUUCUUGGAUGUAUUUAUACUUUACUAUGUACUCUUGUGAGAGAUACCAUACUAACUCACCUCAGCGAAACAAUAAACGACAACACACCCAUUCCACCUCCCGAUUGGGAAGCACUCCUCUCAACCAUCGCACACAGCAUGACCGUUGAACACACUCCAGCACAAAUUCUCAAAAUCCGCGCGCAACUUUACGAUCUCCUCACACAUUGUAUCCCCGCCACAACCAUUCUCAAAACACUAACGUGGAAACUUAUGCCAUUAGUAGAUGAUGCAUUGAAAAGCGAUAUAGUUAAAUGGGCGGCGUUUUAUGAACAUAGGUGUAAGACGGGUACGAAGGUUAUAUUCCAUCUAGAAGCUUUUGUGGCGAAGUUUAUGAGGGUUAGUGAGGAAUGGUUAAUGGCUAUGGAAGUUGAGUAGGGGGGACGAGGGGCUAAAGUUUGAGGCUCGGCUGAGAGCGAGGCCAGGUUAUGGGAAGGAGAUCUAGAAUUAAUGACAUGCAAAGUUAUGUAACCUUAGGUUAACUGGCGUUUGAGGUGUGAAUGAUAUCGAUAUGGAAAAUGGCGGGCGGAUACACUAUCGAUGUCCAUGUGGCGGUUCGAGUUAUUCUAUUUACUCGAGUAGUUGUAGUAGCUAUAGUAUAAUGAUUAAGUAAGUAGGAAAACAGAAAAUGAUAAUUACAUCUAUAUAUAACUCGAUGUGUACAUAUACAACUCUCAGUCUCAGCCCCAGCCCCAGCCUCAGCGACAU